AUGGCUGCCACACCGAAGCCGGGCCCGGCCAACCUCCGUCCGGGUGCUGGCCUGGACGAAUGGCUCGAAGAGGCCAAGCAGUGCCACUAUCUGCCCGAGCCAGUCAUGAAGCAACUCUGCGAGAUGGUCAAGGAGGUUCUUAUGGAGGAGUCCAACAUCCAGCCUGUCGUCACUCCCGUCACCAUUUGUGGUGAUAUCCACGGCCAGUUUUACGACCUUCUUGAGCUGUUCCGUGUUGCCGGUGGCAUGCCCGGAGAGUCCAAUGUCCAGCCUCCUUGCACAAGCACAACUGUCAUCACGGAAGAUGAUCUCGACUCCAAAGUACAAGCGAACGGAAAAACAAAGGCUUCCGGGCCCAGCGGUGCUGGUGAUGAUGAGGCGGCGGCUGAGGCAGAGGAUGAGGCCAAUAGUGCGCCUACGGCCCCUCGUCCUGCUGAUUCAGGUUCCCAGUCUGUUGAGACCCGUUUUGUGUUCCUUGGAGACUUUGUCGAUCGCGGAUACUUCAGUUUGGAAACAUUUACAUUGUUGAUGUGUUUGAAGGCCAAAUAUCCCGACAGGAUAGUCCUAGUACGGGGCAACCAUGAAUCUCGACAAAUAACACAAGUAUAUGGCUUCUACGAAGAAUGCCAGCAAAAAUAUGGUAAUGCCUCCGUGUGGAAGGCAUGCUGCCAGGUCUUUGACUUCCUCGUCCUGGCUGCCAUUGUUGAUGGUACCGUGCUGUGUGUGCACGGUGGCCUCAGCCCAGAAAUUCGUACUAUCGAUCAAAUUCGCGUCGUUGCGCGGGCACAAGAAAUACCCCAUGAAGGAGCAUUCUGUGAUCUGGUUUGGAGUGAUCCGGAAGAUAUUGAGACCUGGGCAGUCAGCCCUCGUGGUGCUGGUUGGCUGUUCGGCAAUAAGGUUGCUAAUGAAUUCAACCAUGUCAAUGGAUUAACCACCAUCGCUCGUGCUCACCAACUGGUGAAUGAAGGAUACAAGGUGAAUGCCCACUUCUCUCUCUGCGUUUACAAGACCCUCACGGCUAAUCUCGCUCAGUAUCAUUUUCCCGAAAAAUCCGUCGUCACUGUCUGGUCCGCCCCCAACUACUGCUACCGCUGCGGCAACGUGGCCUCCAUCAUGACUGUUGACCGUGACCAUCGCACCAAGUUCAGCAUCUUCUCCGCCGUCCCCGACGACCAGCGCCAUACCCCUGGCAACCGCCGUGGCGCUGGCGACUACUUCCUUUAG